AUUUACCUUUGUGUCACAGAAGCGGAUCCGGUGCUGUGGGGUUCUCGCGUUGUUGCAGUGUCCAAUGGAACCACACCAACCAUGUACUUCCGCUUCCCCAAUGGAUCCGCAAUAGAAUUGCAGAUCGGCGACAGUGCCUCACACGCGUUGGAGAUUCGAGACAACAAAUGCUAUGCCAACCAAAAGAUGGUGGGUGAGCCCUGCGAGCUUAGCGAAGUGCGCAGUGUGAGUGCACGGAGGCAAAGACCGGAGGACCUCAUCCUCUCGUGGCUUACAUUCUCCUCUUGUGUGCAUGUUGUAGGGAGCGCCAACAUCACUCUCUUCAAGAUAGAUCGUGACAGUUUACUGCAAGUGAAGAAAGGAAAGUUGCCCUUCUCGACAACGUACCUCAUACCGGAUUGUACUUUGCCGGAUUACGGACCAGAGUAUCUGGUGCGGGAUGAGAACUCCGGUGUGACCAAGUUUUUGGGCAAUUUUCCACGGAACAAGAGUGAGGAAAACACUGCCUAUCAAUGGUGUAGACCAACUCAAUGCCUAGUUGUCACCGUCGAUUGGACGCAAGGAGUUUGGGCAGCUACUUGCGGUGGGACUGUGAGUAAGUCUGCCUCCUCUAACUCCUCCAAAGUGCACACUUCCACCCCUGCAAUCUGCACUUCUUACUUUCACCAUGACAUGCUUUGUUGGCUCUACUUGGUGCGGUCGAGCCGCGACCACUUCCUCAGUUACCACGGCAAAGCCCACGGUCACAAGUGCAUCAGCGCAUACAAGGUGUCUCCUUCCUUUGGUCGUCGUCGUCGUCAACUUGCUUGUCAUCAUACCACUGGUGGUGAUGAUGUGAGGAGCGGAAGAUGA